GAAGCCCAGUUACGUAAUUAUCUAUCCAUUACUGCAUGCGCAUAACAUGACACGUGCGUCGUCCAAAAACCCAACCCCGCGCAACGCAUAAAUAAAGAUAAUAAAGUGAUUUUCCUUCCUUAUUUUUUUAAGCAACAAUUAUUCCUUCCCUCAUCAUUUCAUUUUUAAUUUUCUAAAAAUAAAAAACAAAAAUAAAAAAAAAACAUAAAAAAUUAACGGCUUCAAAAUCUGAACCGGUACCAGAUCUGUGUCAUUUCAUUUCCGCCUCUAAUUCAUCAUGGAUGCAAAUCUCAUACACCGAUUGGAAUCGGCGGUUACGCGUUUAGAGGCGAUAUCAUCCACCGGAUUCCAUCCCGCCACCACUUCACCGUCCGACGGUUCCGAUGCGGCACACGAUCCAUCAGUUGUUGCAUACGGCGAUCUGAUUGAUCAAUUUGUCGGUAGGGUUUCCACUGCUGCCGAGAUUAUUGGUGGACAGGUGUUGGAGGUUACUAAUAGGGUGAAGGAAGCUUUUGCUGUUCAGAAAGAGCUUUUGAUUAAGCUUAAAACCACUCAGAAACCUGACCCUGCUGGGAUUUCUGAAUUUCUGAAACCAUUGAAUGAAGUGAUCACGAAAGCUGCUGCUUUGACAGAAGGAAGGAGAUCUGAUUUUUUUAAUCACUUGAAAGCUGCUGUUGACAGUCUUUCUGCUCUAGCAUGGAUUGCAUUUACUGGGAAGGGUUGUGGUAUGAGUAUGCCCGUUGCACAUGUGGAAGAAAGUUGGCAAAUGGCUGAGUUUUAUAGCAACAAGGUACUUGUAGAGUACAGAAACAAAGACCCAAAUCAUGUUGAGUGGGUCAAAGCUCUCAAAGAGUUGUAUGUACCUGGAUUGAGGGAUUAUGUUAAGAGCUUUCAUGCAUUAGGCCCUGUAUGGAGUCAAACAGGAAAAGUGAUUGCUCCAUCAAAAGCUAAUGCUUCUGUUGCACCUUCUGCCCCUCCUCCCCCGCCUGCAUCUCUCUUUAGUUCUGAAUCAUCUCAGGCUUCAUCUUCUAAGCCAAAAGUGGGGAUGUCUGCUGUUUUUCAAGAGAUUGGUACAAGAGAUGUCACAGCAGGCCUGAGAAAGGUUACGGAUGAUAUGAAGACUAAGAAUCGCACAGAUAGAUCUGGAGUUGUUGGCAGUAGUGUAAAAGAAAGUCAAGCUAGUGCACGUGCAGUUCCUAAAGUAGGACCUCCGAAGUUAGAACUUCAAAUGGGCCGCAAGUGGGUUGUUGAGAAUCAAAUUGAGCAGAAAAGCUUGAUCAUUGAAGAUUGUGAUUCAAAGCAGUCUGUAUAUGUUUAUGGAUGUAAAAACUCUGUGUUGCAGAUUCAAGGCAAGGUCAACAAUAUAACUAUUGACAAUUGCAAAAAGACGGGAGUUGUAUUUAAGGAUGUUGUUGCAGCUUUUGAGAUUGUAAACAGUAAUGGGGUUGAGGUUCAAUGCCAGGGCUCGGCUCCUACAAUUUCGGUGGACAACACUUCUGGCUGCCAGAUAUAUCUGAGCAAAGACUCUUUAGAAACUUCCAUAUCUACAGCAAAGUCAAGUGAGAUCAAUGUAUUAGUUCCUAACGCUGAGUCUGACGGUGAUUGGGUGGAGCAUUCUUUACCGCAACAGUACAUUCAUAUAUUCAAGGAAGGCCGAUUUGAAACAACUCCAGCUUCUCACUCUGGAGGUUAAAAUGAUUGGCAAUUGAGAGUUUCUUAUUAUUUUACAUCAUGUUUCCUUGGAUUGUUGUGGGAGUGGCUUCAAUUCCUUGUUUAUCUGAUUCAUUUACAAAUACAUUCCUAAUUUCCUAUAUAUUUGUUUAUCAUAUUCUUGCUGGGCUGCCCGUGCUUUUUAUUUUUCCGAUGGCUUGCGGAACCAUUGGAAACAUCCAUAUUUUUUUUUGGGUGUGUGUGUGUGUCAGAGUUUGCGUCUGCUUGAGCUUUUUUCUUUUGUUCGAUGCAUUAUGCAAUUGAACCAAUAGGUUCCAGAAUACCCAUACAUUUGUCUUGAUAUCUUGGUUUGAUUCUCAAAGUUUUGCAUAUUUUUGAGGACUGAACAAUGAUGUACCUUGUUGCACUUUGAAAAUUGUUUGUGCGUCUUUUUGAA